GCCAAGAGAGACAGAGAAACAGAGAGGAAGAGGAGAGCGAGAGGAGACUUCAGCCCUGUUCAUCCGGGAUUACUUCUUGGACUCGCUGGUGUGGACAAAGCAGAAAACACACUUAAGUCCAGCUCUCUUCCUCGUGGACAGGCUUGCUUUUUUCCUACUGACUGCAGUGGGAACUACAGUAGUUGCCGUGCGGUGGCCAUGGGGCUGACCGAAAGAGCUGUGGGGACACCGGCAGUCUUGAGUGGGGCACCUCUCCUCUCUCUCUGGAGGUUAGCACUGCUCUUUUUCUCCAUCUGGGAGCUGAAUGCACAAACCGCAGUGGAAAAUAAACCCCUGUACAUCUGGCAAACAGGUCCAUGGGGUCGUUGUAUGGGCAGUGAGUGUGGUCCUGGAGGAAGCCAGAGCAGGGCUGUAUGGUGCGCCCAUUCUGAAGGCUGGACCACUCUUCACACCAACUGUGAUCAGACAGAACGGCCAGACAACCAGCAGAGCUGCUUUAGAGUGUGCGACUGGCACAAAGAUUUGUACGACUGGCAGCUAGGCGCCUGGAACCAGUGUGUCCCGGUGUCCAUGCGCAGUGCUGGGGUUCAGCGCCCUGCUGUGUGCACCCGGGGAGAGGAGGGCAUCCAGACCCGUGAGGUGGGCUGUGUACAGAAAGUGAAUGCUGAGCCUGCAGAGGAUGCAAUCUGUGAAUACUUUGAGCCUAAACCACGACUAGAGCAGGCCUGUCUAAUACCCUGUCCUCUGGACUGUGUGGUGUCGGAGUUCAGCCCCUGGACUCUUUGUUCAAAAACCUGUGGAAUGGGCUUACAGAACCGGAUCCGCUGUAUCCUAGCUCCACCAUUGUUUGGCGGGGCAGCUUGCCCAAACCUGACUGAGUUUCAGACAUGCCAACCAGGGGUCUGUGAGGGGGAGGAGAGCCUCUACAGUCUCAGGGUGGGAGCUUGGGGGCUCUGCUCUGUCCCUCUGCCAAGGAAAGCAAGACAAGCUCCCGGAUUACCCAGAGAUGACAAACCAUCCAGAGAAACCGAUAAACUUUCCAAAGACGGAGACAAACAGUCCAGAGGGAGUGAAAAAACAUCCAGAGGGGGAGACAAGCAGUCCAGAGAGGGUGUCCUACAGUCUGGUGACGAUGAGAAGCAGUCAAAGGAAGGGGAAAAGCAGAGCAAAGAGGGUGACAAACAACACAAAGAAGGAGACAAAUGGGCCAAAGAGGGUGAUAAAGUGCGAAGAGAUGGUGACAAACCAUCCAGACCCAACAGAAAACUGAGUCGAGCUAACAGGAAACCUGACAGGCCAUCCCGACAGGCCGACAGGCCCAAACGACAGAAGAAGGCUAAAAACAAGGAGAAAAGAGAGAAGAUGAGAGAGAAAGUCAGAGAGAGGUUAAGGGAGAGAGGCAAGUCAAAGGAUCCUGAGACGAGAGAGCUUAUCAAGAAGAAGAGGAUCAAGAACCGUCAGAACCGCCAGGGAGCAAAGUUUUGGGACCUGCAGGUUGGAUACCAGACUCGAGAAGUGUCGUGUGUCCACAAGAGUGGGGAUGUUGAAGCUCUGAGCCUGUGCUCUCAAGAGACAUUACCAGUGAACUUCCAGGCAUGCGUCAUAACCAAAGAUUGUGAUGUGACGGAAUGGUCGGAUUGGUCAGCCUGCUCCAAGGAGUGCCAUGAUCCCAACGGCCCGAAGGGUGAACGCACUCGUACCAGGAAAGUGAGCCAGUUCCCAAUCGGUGGAGGAGGAGAUUGCCCGGAGCUCGAGGAGAUAGAGCCGUGCAGCCCCCAGGGAGACGGAGUACCCCCCUGUAUUGUAUACAGCUGGAAGACCACAGAGUGGACAGAGUGCCGGGUGGAUGUGCUGCUGAGCCAACAAGACCGUCGGCGUGUAAACCUUACAGCAUUGUGUGGAGGCGGGAUUCAGACGCGGGAGGUCUACUGUGUCCAAACCAGCACUGACACAGUACCCAACCUCAGCUCACUCAGGAGCAAAGAAGCAUUGCGACCAGUGGACAGCAAUCUGUGUCUGGGCAUCUCACCGAACACCACCCAGCUCUGCCAUAUAAGCUGUCCUGUAGAGUGUGAGGUGUCAUCAUGGAGUGCCUGGGGACCCUGCACCUAUGAGAACUGUCAAGAUCAAGCAGCCAAGAAAGGCUUCAAACUGAGGAAGAGGAAGAUUGUCAAUGAGCUAAUGGUCGGGAUGGGGAACUGCCCCCACCUGGUGGAGGCAAUACCGUGUGAAGACCCCAACUGCUACGACUGGCUGGUGAUUCAACUGGAGGAGUGUAUCCCUGAUAAUGAGAAGGAGUGUGGACCAGGAACCCAGAUCCCUCAAGUGCAGUGUAUCAACAGUGAUGGUAAAUAUGUGGAAAGACAGCUCUGCCGUGAUGCCAUCCUGCCCAUGCCCGUCGUCUGCGAGGUGCCUUGCCCAAAGGACUGUGUCCUGAGCCCCUGGACCCCCUGGUCUCUCUGCUCCCAUACCUGCUCUGGAAAAAACACAGAGGGAAAACAGACCAGAGCUCGCUCCAUCCUCGCCUAUAACGCUGGAGAAGGUGGAAUCCUCUGUCCAAACAACAGUGCUCUGCAGGAGGUGAGGAACUGCAAUGACCACCCCUGCACUGUGUACCACUGGCAAACAUACCCUUGGGGCCAGUGCAUAGAGGACUCCUCCAUUCCGGUCACCAACACAUCUGUGAGCAGAACACAAGGGGAUGACGCCUCAUGCUCAGUGGGGAUGCAAACUCGCAAGAUCAUCUGUAUCCGGGUCAAUGUGGGGCAGGUUCCUCCCAAAAAGUGUCCAGAGAGUCUGCGCCCAGACACAGUCAGGCCCUGCUUGCUACCAUGCAAGAGAGACUGUGUUGUGAGCCCGUACAGCGAGUGGAGCCCCUGCCCAUCAACAUGUCGAGCAGGUGGUAACAAUAAGAAGAAGCAGCUUAGGAAACGUAUUAUCAUCCAGUUACCAGCCAACGGAGGGCAAGACUGUCCGGAGGUGCUGAGCCAGGAGAGAGAGUGCGAGGCUCCAUCUGUGUGUCAUGGCUACCGGUGGAAAACUCACAAGUGGCGGCGAUGCCAGCUAGUUCCAUGGUCAGUACGUCAGGACAGUCCUGGAGCUCAGGAGACGUGCGGGCCAGGGCUGCAGAUUCGAGCUGUUUCAUGUCGGAAACAGGAUGGAGGGCAAGCAGAUGUUGAAACUUGUCUUAAGUUGGCCAGCUCCAUGCCGCCUCUCAUCCAGCACUGCCAGCUGCCCUGCCAGGAAAACUGUCAACUCAGCAGCUGGUCGAAGUUCUCCUCCUGCACUGCCGACUGCGUGGGUGUCAGGGCUCGCAAGAGGAUGCUAGUGGGGAAGAGCAAAAAGCGUGACCAGUGUAAAAACCACCAAAUGUAUCCCCUGAGCGAGACACAGUACUGCCCAUGUAACAAAUACAACGCCCAGCCUGUGGGCAACUGGUCCGACUGUGUCCUUCCUGAGAACGGACGUAUGGAGGGUCAGCUGGGCAUGAAGGUCCAAGGUGACAUCAAGGAGUGUGGCCAAGGAUAUCGUUACCAGGCAAUGGUAUGUUACGACCAGGACAACCGCAUAGUGGAGACCUCACGCUGCAACAGCCAUGGAUAUAUUGAGGAGGCUUGCAUCAUCCCAUGUCCAUCUGACUGCAAACUAAGUGAGUGGUCCAACUGGUCACGCUGCAGCAAGUCCUGCGGCAGUGGUGUCAAAGUCCGCUCCAAGUGGCUCAGAGAAAAGCCCUAUAAUGGUGGGAGACCCUGUCCUAAACUAGAUCACGUCAGUCAGGCUCAGGUGUAUGAGGUUGUGCCUUGCCUCAGCGACUGUGGGCAGUAUGUCUGGGUAGCAGAGCCCUGGAGUGUGUGGAAGGUGAGCAACGUGGAUGUGAAGGACAACUGUGGUGAAGGUGUUCAGACCAGGAAAGUCAGGUGUAUGCUGAACACUAUAGACGGACCCUCUGAGCAAGUAGAGGACUAUCUGUGUGACCCCGAGGAGAUGCCACUGGGGGCCCGCAACAGCCAGCUUCCCUGUCCCGAAGAUUGCGUUUUAUCAGACUGGGGAACCUGGAGCUCAUGUGAACUGCCGUGUAGUGGGAACAGUACCCGUGAGAGGAGCGCUUACCCACUCCGCCAGCCUGGAGAAGAGAAGGAGUGUCCCCCGACUACAGAGACAGAGCCCUGCAAACUGAACAGCAACUGCUUUCACUACUCUUACAACAUCACCGAUUGGAGUACCUGUCAGUUGAGCAACAGCGCAGUGUGUGGAAACGGCAUCAAAACCCGCAUGUUGGACUGUGUGCGUAGCGACAGCAAAUCUGUUGACCUCAAGUUCUGCAAAGAGUUGGGUCUAGAGAGGAAGUGGCAGAUGAACGCUUCCUGUGUGGUUGAGUGCCCAGUCAACUGCCAGCUGUCAGACUGGUCUCCAUGGUCUGACUGCACUCACACCUGUGGGCUGUCAGGCAAGCUGUGGAGAAGACGGACAGUGGUCCAGGCUCCUCAGGGUGACGGGAGACAGUGUCCAUCCCAGAUGGCUCAGUGGAAGCCUUGUCUAGUGAAGCCCUGCUACAGCUGGAGAUAUAGCACCUGGUCUGAGUGCAAGUCUGAGGGAGCAAGGUGUGGAGAAGGCCUGCGCUUUAGGAACGUGUCAUGCUUUGUGUCGGAGAGUUCGGGUGAGCAGGACAUCAGCCUGGUGGAUGACGAGCUGUGCGGAGAUCUGGACCCCUCGGUGGACGGAGACACACACAUUGUUCUGCAGGAACCCUGUACUGUUCCAUGUCCAGGAGAGUGCUACCUGAAGGACUGGACCGUUUGGAGUCCGUGCCAGCUCAGCUGCGUAAGUGGCGAUGACCUGGGCUUCGGAUCUGUCCAGGUCCGCUCCAGAGCCGUGGUGGCCCAGGAUCCAGAGAACCUGCUGCAGUGUCCAGAGCAGGAGAUGGAGGCACGGCCAUGUACAGACGGCCAGUGUUUUGAAUACAAGUGGGUGACUGCACCAUGGAGAGGCGCAUCACGCCAAGUCUGGUGUCAGCGCUCAGAUGGACUUAAUGUUACAGGUGGAUGCCCGGCAACUUCCAUGCCGAUUGCUGACCGAUCCUGCGACCCGCCCUGCACCAAGCCACGUUCCCUCUGCACAGAGGUGGGUGUGUGCGGCUGUAUAGAGGGCUACACUGAGGUGAUGUCAUCGGAUGGUCAGCUGGAUCAGUGUACCCUCAUCCCCGUGCUGGAGAUCCCUACCGCAGGCGACAACAGGGCUGAUGUCAAGACCAUCCGAGCCUUGAAUCCCACCCAGCCUGCAGCCAGCACACCGAGCAGGGUUGGACGCACCUGGUUCCUGCAGCCCUUUGGUCCAGAUGGGAAGCUGAAGACCUGGGUGUAUGGAGUCGCAGCAGGAGCCUUUGUUCUGCUCGUAUUUAUAAUCUCCAUGACAUACCUAGCAUGCAAAAAGCCAAAGAAGCCUCAGCGACGGCAGAUGAACAACAGACUGAAGCCACUGACUCUCGCCUACGACGGAGACGCUGAUAUGUAGAGGUCUUUCUUCUGACCGCACUGAGCUGGAGACUUUCGUCCUACUGUAGGGCACACAGGGUUGCUAUGGAAACCCCUUGAUGUCAGGGCUGCCGCUGGGCAUUGUUCAAACAACACACAGACAUCCCAGGAACAAGAGUUUGACGGAAAGAGAAACCUCAAAGAUCAAGACACUGAAUCCAUGUCCAUUAGCAGCCUUGAUAUUCCUGUCGUCAUCUUUUUUAUUUUAUUUCCGUUUUGAUACUUUCAAAAGAGCCUUCAUGAAUUCUCUGUCUUCUUUCAGAAGUCUGCCUUUGCUUCUCUUGCCAUCUACUACUGCCAGUUACAUCCAAACCAUGGCCGUUGGAGAGGGUCACACGAAAAGAUUUUGCUCUAAAAGCACAAAUCCUCUUCUUGUUAAUUUUGCCUCAGCUGAGCGGGAUAAUCUCGCUCCCUUCUUUGUCCCAUUAGGAAAAUUCAGAACCUGCAGUGUUAUUAUUGCCUGGAUCCAUCUCACGAGAAGAGAAGAUAAAACCAGAGGAGGAAAAAAAAAGUGUAAUGAAUCCCAGAGCCGUCAUCACUUCUGCCUGCCUAUCCCUUCUCUGUCUUUCAGGCAUAAUUUUGCACUAUAUUAGUGCAGCAUGAUAUGUUCCUAUGUCUAGCUUCACCAUUGGAAACUGCCUCUCUCAAUACAAGAUGGUGUACAGUUUUUUGCAAACAGAACUCACCAAUGUUUGUAAUAUUUUUCUUCUAUUACCUCUUGUAUGUGAUACGAUGGGACUCCGUGUAAAUAGAUUUUUUUUUUUUUUUUAAUUGUGGUCUCAACCUUACCUUUCUAGUAUGUACAGGUUCACGUCCCAAACUCUGCCUGAAUUAAUUUAUUCUCUGACGAGCUUUUGACUGUGACUUCAGGACUUUUACUUUUGUAAUUAAUGGAUAAACGUCACUGUUAUGGAUUCAGAGUGCAUGAGACCCAUAGAAACACAUUCAUCGUCACGAAACUUUGUAGCUGUGACAGGGGAGGAACAAAAGACGUAAACCUGGGAUGACAUCAAAUACUCAAAUACAUUUACAACAUUUAUUAACGCAAAAUCAAUAAAUUCUGUUGUUCUUGAUUGUUACGUAAAUUGUCUAAAUUAUUUUGCGAUCUCACUAUGCUUCAAACUAACUACUUUCCGUGGCGCGAUGCCCGAUCAUGUCAAAAGGUCAAAGUGUUUGAACCUUCAAACUUGUUUUACUACUUUUUUGUCAUUUUUCAUGAUUCCUGAAGUGAAUCAUCAGUUUCUGCGCAGCUCAUGGAUGUGCUCCCACCUUCUAGAUUUUGCAAUUCAACCCAGAAUCUUUGCUUCUGCCCUAUUUUCUAAUAACAACCAUUAGAGAAGGUUUACGAAUAGUAAGUUUUGGCUGAUACAUCUUUACUAACUAAAAAGAGAGUGUACCUCUAUCUUCUUUAGACAUUUUGGUCUUGAUUCAGUUUGAUUUCAUACAAGAAACAAUUCCCUGUCCUUAGCCCUGUGGAGGAGUUUCCUUCCUGUUCACAUCUGAAAAGAAAAAUUCAGCUCUGUCUUACAGGUGUCACUCAUCCAUUCAUGUUUACUGAGACUCUCCAUUCAUGUCUUUCACAGAGAGGAAGAGUUGUGGCCUCACUUUCUUAAAGAGCUUUCAGUCUGACUACAUCAGCCUGGUCGAUCUUUGGAUCCCAUGAUCAAAUCCCAUAUAGGAGCUUUUCUACUGAUAAGAGCACAUUUCAGGAAGAAUCAUUGUACGGCAACAAUUUGAUGUGAAAACUGAAACCAUACAGUGCUGCCUAACAUCACUGCCUGAUGAAAGCUCGGGGUCCUGUCACCAAAACUGAACAUUGUAUUAUUUGUUAGAAUUGAGGCAUCAUAUCGUUGCUGGAGAAUGGCAGUUUAAUAUUCUGUGGAAUUAGUUGCUAGUAAAUUAAUGGAAUGUUUAAUUUAUAUUUCUUGGAAUAUGAGUUGUAAAUAAAGUGCUAAAUAUUUCUUUUUUUUUAAAUUAUUGUUCAUGUACCAUAAUAAUGUUUCAUUUUUUACUACACAAGAUGUUAUGGAUACAUAAAAACUAGAAAAAAAAUGGAGGUGUGAAUGUGGGUGUGCUUAAAGGGAAAUUGAUAACCUUGUGAAAAAUUUGCAGAUAAAUCUGUCCAUUUCCUACUGUUUGUUUAUUUGUAUUUAAUUAAUUGCUGAUAAUAAACAAGGGGGAUAUUUGAAAGUGCAUUCUCAUGUUAUUGACUAUGAAGCAGAAGUAUCUUUCAGUCAACAAUGACUAUCUAGUCCAUGAAUAUUAGAGACUCGUAGGUAAUUUUUAAUAAUCUAUCAAUUAUUGAAGGUAAGAUUUGUUCUUAAUUCAUGGAUUGAUUCUUAAUUUAAUUGUAUCACAAUCACACAAGAGGUGAAGGUAAAAUAUGUUCAGGAGGCUGCAGUUGUUAAAUUAAAGUGAGGAAUUACAUCACACUUUGGUAUUUUACAAAAUGACAAAGCCAAUUAGAUGCUUUGGUUAAGAAAAUCUAGAAUAAUAUUUUGGUCGUGCAGUGAGUCAAACACCCAUCUGCAAACACUAAAUAUUUCUUUUUUUUUAAAUUAUUGUUCAUGUACCAUAAUAAUGUUUCAUUUUUUACUACACAAGAUGUUAUGGAUACAUAAAAACUAGAAAAAAAAUGGAGGUGUGAAUGUGGGUGUGCUUAAAGGGAAAUUGAUAACCUUGUGAAAAAUUUGCAGAUAAAUCUGUCCAUUUCCUACUGUUUGUUUAUUUGUAUUUAAUUAAUUGCUGAUAAUAAACAAGGGGGAUAUUUGAAAGUGCAUUCUCAUGUUAUUGACUAUGAAGCAGAAGUAUCUUUCAGUCAACAAUGACUAUCUAGUCCAUGAAUAUUAGAGACUCGUAGGUAAUUUUUAAUAAUCUAUCAAUUAUUGAAGGUAAGAUUUGUUCUUAAUUCAUGGAUUGAUUCUUAAUUUAAUUGUAUCACAAUCACACAAGAGGUGAAGGUAAAAUAUG